AUGAUUACAGUUGAUUCUUUGGAUCUUGCAGAUAGUGGACGCUCGAUAUGGAUCUGUGAAGUUCAAGGCAAUGAUGUGCAGGGAAAUGGUUCUGAAAAGAUGCCUUACAAAACCCUGCUUAAAGCUCUUGAAGUCUCUGGAAGCGAAAAGGUGUCUUACUUUACUCGCAAGGUUGUCAGUGAAGGAUAUCAGCCCACUGCAAAAGCCGCAAUCAAAAAAGCCAUGAAACUACAUGAAGCCAAUGUUAAAAAACUGCAAAAGGCUGCUGAGAGAGCUGUUACCGACGCUGCCGAGGCGCUUAAAAAUGCAGCAGCUGAAGCUGCCAAGUUGGAGGAAGCUCGCAAGAUUGUGCUUGAAGAAGACCGCCUCUUGCCUGCUGCAAAAAAGAUUCAUAUUCGUCAAUCCACUACCCAUAGAGAAGCUCGUGUCAAGAUCUCUGGAUGGGUCCAUCGUCUGCGAGUUCAGGGAAAGGACAUGAUGUUUGUUGUUCUUCGUGACGGAUCUGGCUAUAUUCAGUGCGUUCUUACUGGAAAGCAGUGCAACACCUAUGAUGCUCUCACACUCACUGUAGAAUCAACAGUCACUAUCUAUGGUGUAAUCAAAACAGUUCCUGAAGGAAAGUCGGCACCAGGCGGUCAUGAAUUAAUUUCAGACUAUUGGGUUAUUCACGGAAAAGCACCAGGUGGUGAUGAAGCAUUUGGUAACAAGCUGAACACUGAAUCUAGCCCAGAUAUUCUCCUUGAUCAGCGCCAUUUAGUCUUGCGUGGCGAAACCACAUCAUCUAUCAUGCGUGUACGUGCUUUGAUGCUUAAAGGAUUUCGCAGCUUUUUUGAAUCACGUUUUAUCACAGAAGUUACUCCUCCAUUGAUGGUGCAGACCCAAGUCGAGGGUGGUUCAACUUUAUUUGAGUUCAACUACUAUGAAGAAAAGGCGUACCUGACUCAAUCUUCUCAAUUGUAUUUGGAAACUUGUCUUCCAUCAAUUGGUGAUUCAUACUGUAUUACCGAAUCUUUUCGUGCUGAAAAAUCCCACACUCGUCGCCAUCUUUCAGAAUUUACCCACUGUGAGGCAGAGCUUGCAUUCAUUACGUUUGACGAUCUUUUAUCUUGCAUGGAGGAUAUGGUCGUUGACGUUGUUGGCUCGAUUUUGGCUGAUCCAAUUGGCGCCUCUAUUGUUAAAGACCUCAACCCCAACUUUAAAGCGCCUAAAAAGCCUUUUCGUCGCAUGCAGUACACUGAAGCCAUCAAAUGGCUGAAUGAUAACGGUGUCAAGAAGGACACAACUGGUCAAGUUAUGCAAGUUGACUAUGUUUAUGGCGAGGAUAUUCCAGAAGGUCCGGAGCGCCGUAUGACUGAUACAAUUGGCGAGCCGAUUUUGUUGUGCCGUUUCCCUGCUGAAAUCAAGGGUUUCUAUAUGAAGCGUUGUCCCGAAUCACUUGCUUUGACUGAGAGCGUUGAUUUACUGAUGCCCAAUGUUGGUGAAAUUGUUGGUGGAUCGAUGAGGAUUUCAGAUUUGGCUGAGCUUAUGGCUGGUUAUAGUCGUGAAGGAAUUGAUCCAUCUCCUUACUACUGGUUUACUGAUCAACGCAAGUACGGUACUUGCGAGCACGGUGGAUUCGGUCUUGGUGUUGAGCGUCUUCUUGCCUGGCUUCUUGACCGCUUUUCUGUUCGGGAGGUGUGUCUUUACCCACGCUUCAUGGGCCGCUGCACUCCGUAA